UAUUGAUUUAUUUGUCAAAAUUGUUCAAAAAUUGUAUUAAAAAAUUUCAACUGAAAAACAGAACAAGACAAAAAUCUAUUUAAAAAUGGCUGAACAAUUAAAUGAAGAACAAAUUGCUGAAUUUAAAGAAGCAUUUGCUUUAUUUGACAAAGAUGGUGAUGGAACAAUUACAACAAAAGAAUUAGGAACUGUAAUGCGUUCAUUGGGACAAAAUCCAACUGAAGCUGAACUUCAAGAUAUGAUCAAUGAAGUUGAUGCUGAUGGCAAUGGUACUAUAGAUUUUGUUGAAUUUCUAACAAUGAUGGCUAGAAAAAUGAAAGAUACCGAUAGUGAGGAAGAGAUUCGAGAAGCUUUUCGAGUUUUUGACAAAGAUGGUGAUGGAUUCAUAUCGGCUGCUGAGUUGAGACAUGUUAUGACAAAUUUGGGUGAAAAAUUGACCGAUGAAGAAGUUGACGAAAUGAUUAGGGAAGCUGAUUUGGAUGGUGAUGGGCAGAUUAAUUAUGAGGAAUUUGUUACAAUGAUGACAUCGAAGUGAGAGAACACUAAUGAACAUUUGUUUGCCUUUUAUGUGUUUGAAAAAUAAAAAAAAUAAUUUUUAAAAA